AUGACUCGUCCUAUUGUGUUCUUAAUAUUCUUGCUUGUAGUUUCUACGCUAGACAUGUCUCAUCCGUCAAAACUGGCUCAAUACCCUGUUUGUGAGCCUGUGUUCUUAAUAUUCCCUGACUGCUUGGCCUUCCUCGUUGGGUUCUACUACGUACCAACAAAGAUAUGUUGUCGACACGUAGAGAAGCUAAAUAAAUUAGCAAAGCACGGGCUUGGGCCUCAGACAAUCUGCUUUUGCAUUCAGGCUAGUGUAAAGGGAACACAACCUCGCUUGCUUGCCUCACGUAUCAAUUCUCUUCCUAUCAUGUGCCACACCCAUCUCAGCUUCCCCAUUUCUGAUAGCAUGGACUGCAACAAGGUUCAUAAAAGGUUGGACUAUGAGGAAGUUGUUCUUAAUUGA